CGUAGUACUUAGCAGUUCUUCUCUCUCUCUCUUUCUCUCUCUCUCUCUCUCUCUCUCUCUCUCUCUGUGUCUCCAAAUCAGUUGAUUACGUGCCCUUACUUUCUGUGUGAGAGACAGUUCUUGACUGCUCUCUCGUUGAUCACUCCCCUUCUCUCUUACACACACACACACACACACACAGAGGCUAGCACACAUACAUACGCAAAUACAUACACACAUACAUACAUACACAUACACUCACACUCGAUUGAUUAGUCCUUCUCUUUCCACCAUCGGCACUUCUUCUUGGUUGCUAUUCCCCCUUGUAAUUACGCGCGCGCUGAUCUUUCCCCUUCUCCUUACCAGUUUUCCGCGCGCUUUCUCUCCCGUCCCCCCCUCUCCCUCUCCCUCUCCCCCCCCCCUUCUCUCUCUCCUUUUCUCUUGAUCGCCUGAUUUUUAAGCCACUCUCCCCUUGUCGUCGUCAAUACAUCGUCUUGACUACUCGCAUGCUGACGUGGCAAUCAUUCAAUCAAACCUUCAUAACGGAUUUCCGGGCUCGCCGGUAUCUUCGUCCCCGGCGGCUGAUCGCGUAGCUGCCGGUCGUUGAUCGAAGCCACGUUUCCUUCGUUGAUUGAUUGAUUGAUUGAUUGAUUACCCCGUUGAUUGAUCGGUUCAUCAUUUAAAUAAGAAAGAUCGGUACUGUUUUCUUUUUCUUUUAGCUGAGGAGGAAGAAAAAAAGCCUCCUGGGCAGCCGCGUGGACUGGUGAUCCUCUCGCCAUGGGUAAGAAGAAGAAGAAGGCAUUCAAGCCAUGGUGUUAUUACUGCGAAAGGGAGUUUGAUGACGAGAAAAUUCUCAUCCAGCAUCAAAAGGCCAAGCAUUUCAAGUGCCACGUGUGCCACAAAAAGCUCAGCACAGCUGGCGGCAUGGUCGUCCACGUGUUGCAAGUGCACAAAGAGAACGUUGUCAAGGUCCCGAACUCCAAGCCUGGCCGUGAAUCAACGGAGAUCGAGAUCUUUGGAAUGGAGGGGAUUCCACCCGAUGUGAUGGAGAAGCACACUGGUGAAGUUGCCGAAGACGAUAAGCAACCGCCGGCGAAGACUGCAAAGAUCGAGAUACCGAUGUCAGCCUCAACCCUGAGUGCAGCGCUUCCAGCCGCACCUGGUAUGACCUCGCAAUCAAUGUUUGCUGCAGUGCCUCCAGUAUUGAUGGCACCUCAGCCGCCGACUUUGCAGCCACCUACUCUCCCAAUUCCUGUUCGUCCCGGAUGGCCGUCGACCACCUCUGCGGGAUGGUCAACUACGACCAACUCUGGUCAGGGGUGGCCAAGCUUGAGACCAACCCCAGGGCAACCUCCCAUCCUAGCCCCGCCUCCCCAGCCAUUGCGUUUACCUCCUCCUCAACCUCUGUUUCCCAUCCAAGGUGUCCGCCAACCUGGAUCUAGUCCUCAGCAGCCACUUUUCCCUAUUAAUGGUCCAUCAAGCGCAGGGACUCAGUCUGCACACUCCUCAAUCCGGCCUGUCAAUCCUAUACACCCGCCUAUUGCCCCGAUUCCCCGGCCUCCAUCAACGGAUUCAUCCACAUCUUCAGCGUCACUUCUGACAUCUUCAUCUGGAGGGAUGUCUAUGGGGCAAGUAAGGUUAUCGGGUCCACCGCCGGUAGUACUUCCUCCACCAAACAUGCAGCCAAGGCUAUACUCUUUUCCCCCACCAGGUAUCAGCAUAACACCGCCGUCCACAGAUGCCAUGUCUGAUGCAGCUGCUCUUGGAUCAACAAUGGCGCCUCCUCCUCCGCCUCCUGGUGUAGGUCCGUCACUGUCGUCUGGAAUGGCUGGCCCAUUUCCACCGGGGGUUAAUCCCUUGGCGCCUCCUGGAGGGCUUAAUCAGGUAGUUCCCUCAGCAUGUGGUCCGAUGAUGCAGAGAGGAGUAUCUGUUGGGCCAAGGUCAAUGAUGCCACCUAUGGUGCCUCCCCCUUCGGUACCACCUCCCUCAUUGCUGUCCGCUUCUAUGCUACCCCCGUCUGUUCCCCCUCCUACCAUUCCCCCACUGUCCAUGAACCCCCCUUCCAUUCCUCCUCCCUCAGCAGCCCCUUCCCAACUGUCCCUUGCAUCGUUGCCCCCACGUGCAAUGCCCCCUGUGGCUCCUCCUCUUGGACCGCCCCCUCUUGGUCUGCCAGUUGUGCCUCCGUCGGGUCCUCUCCCGCCACCAUCCUCUCCUUCACAGUCACAUCAUCAGCUCCAAGCUCAGCCCCCUGUGCCACCGCCACCGCCAUAUCAGGCAGCAUCAAGACCUCAACCGUAUGAAUUGCCAUCUACAGCGAGCAGCGUGUAUGCGGCAGGGCCCACGACAAGUGGAGGUGCAUCUAUUGGUCCUCCUGUGUCGAUACCAAGGCCUCCACUUCCUCCGCCUACCUGUAGUGAAGUCUACCUGGUGUGGGAUGAUGAGCAGAUGUCCAUGGAGGAGCGACGGGCACUUCUCCCGAGGUACAUGGUGGAUGACAUGCUCCAGGUACAUACCUCCAAGGUUCCCAUUUCUCUUGCAAGCAGAGGUAUGGCAGACAGCUAUCUGACCAGAUAGUCUCCUUUCGUCGAGGGUUUUGGAAAACAUCUGGUGGAUGAUAUGUGUAACCUCGCACGAGAUCGGCGGUCUACUUCGUUGUGGCCUCUGUCCGGGAGCUAUUAGUACGUGACGAGUUUGAUCGCGGAGCAAUGCACGGAUCCCUUGUCUCGGUUGCGUAAGUUUGAGGCAGAGAACGGUCGAUGGCAGUUGCUUUUCGGUAGAGCCUCGUGUUUGGAGGUAAGGCAGAGGAGUCGUUCGUGCGCGUUGUUGUGGUCUCUGUCGGGGAGCUGGUAGCGCGAGACGAGAUUUUGAUCUCUGAGCACUGCACUAUGCCUCGUCUCCAUGCAGUGUUUUUGAAGCAGACCACGGUGAAGGACAGACAGGUGCGUUUCGACAGUGUCUUGCAUUUGGAGGUCAGUCAGAGGAUGAAAUGUAGCGAGGAGAAGAGUAAUAACCGAGAGGCCGUAGAGUGAAGAGUGUAAUCUGUUAACAGUUUCCCCUAGUCAUAACACUUAGGUCUUAGACUUAUAAUCUUUCACCCGUGAGGAGCUGUAAGUGUUGCAAUGCUAGGAGUCUCCACUGGCUGCCCGUUGUAGUCUGUGUACAAUUUGUGGAUUCAUCUGUUUGCUUGGAGGACAAAAUUUGUGUAUGCCAAGUCCUAAGAAUUGGUGAAUUGGUCUGCACUGACUCUGCGGUUCUGUGGUAGGUCUGAUGCCUGAGAUGGGGUAAGAGAAAGUUUUGUUCCUUGGUUUUGCCGCAUUUAUCAGCUCAACGCGUCACGUUACGUUGCUGGAAAGGCGAGGACGACUUACGCUCGAUGCCGAAGUUCUCUGUCACUGUGAAAUCUUAAGCUGUUCCCGAGAAGAACUGUCUGUGCUGGUGAGUACCUCCCGGUGGAGGGUUACAAAGCAUUCAUUUUUAUUGUUUAUGUCAACGUGAAGCCAGGAGUUUUCAACCAAGUUCGAACUUGAGGUGAUAUUUGUAUUCUCUUUGGUGUCAGAGGUGAUAUUUGUAUUCUCUUUGGUGUCAGAAAAUUGUUGUCGUCCAGUCACAGACGAAAUGGGGUUACCGGAGUUCUGACUGUUAUGGAGUCGAUGCAAAGAUGCAUGUGCAUGUCAGGUCUGAAAUGCUUUGGCUGUUAGGCUGCCCAAUGU